UUCAUGAGUAUUAUGCCUCCUCUUAACAUUGUAGUACCCCUAGCCUUGUUAUGUGUCUCAUCUGCGUCUCGGCGGUGCGUUCUCGAUAGUCUCUCGGAGGUCUUCAUUCGUUUCUCGAAUCGUCGAUCGUAUUCAAUAUCGCUAGUUGCGGUUCCCCUUGUAUCUCGCUGCGACCAACGCGAUCGACGACAAAUCCUUCCUUCCUUGGACCUUCUUCGUCCUUGGUACAUCCAACACUCUUUAGCCUACAUCACCCCUGUGUCGUCCUGGCCUCGCCCCUUGUGUUCCUCCUCCUUGUUGACUACAAUCUAAGCCAGGGAACUGGCUUAUAUGUGAGAGGGCUUGAAAGCCAUACUGAACAUAAAGACCACAAAGGUGUUUAGUGGUUUAACACAAUCGGCCAUCGCUGAACUCGUA